AUGGUCACGGGGGUACCAAUCGCAGCUGGCAACGGACGAGAGGCAGGAACCUCCAUCACUGGUCUGCUCGAGUUGCUGGACCAGGAGAGGCACUAUAGCUGGGGUCCAGCCAUAGAGGUGCUGGUGUUCCUGUUCUGGCUGGCCAGCGGAGCUUCUUACCAUAUCGUGUCCCGGGCAUUUGAUAUGCCCAAGACUACGGUGCAUGACCUUGUGCACCGCAUCUGCGAGAACCUUGUGUGUGUGAUGCCACUAGUCAUCAGGGUGCCGUCCACCGCAGAGGAGCAGAGGGAAGUGGCUGAUGGAUUUGCUAGGCUGGCUGGGCAUGGGGCCUUCGGUAAGACCUUGGGAGCCGUUGAUGGCUGUCAUGUCAGGAUCAAAGGCCCAGGAGAACCCCAUGCCCAGUGCUACCUGAACAGGAAACUCUUUCCAUCGCUUCAGCUUCAGGCAGUGUGCGAUCAUGCUGGUCGCUUCAUUGGAGCACUGGUCAAUGUUGCCUCUGCCCAAACUCGUCAGUACUACUUUGAGAGUACACCACUGAACUGGACUGAAGCUCAGAGCUUCUGCAGACAGGUCUACACUGACCUGGCCACCUUAGAAAACACAACUGAUGUCAGUGCUGUACUCAGGACCACACCAAGCUACACAGGAAAGGCUUGGAUAGGUCUCUAUGGCGACAGCUGGAGAUGGUCUCUGAAUGACAGCAGCUUCUACAAUGAAGGAGAGACAGAGUUUAGAAACUGGGCUCCUGGACAUACCAGAAAUCCUAAUGGACAACAGCUCUGUGUGGCGCUUCAAAGCUAUUACUAUUACUAUGACUAUUUAUAUUUAUAUUACAAUUACUUUAUCUACAAUGGAAAAUGGUCUGAAAUUGCUUGUGACAUCCAACGGCCAUUUGUGUGCUACAACGGUACAGCAAAUGGCACAUCAUCCUUUGUAAAAGUCAACUCACCUUUGAAGUGGACUGAAGCUCAGAGCUACUGCAGGGAGAAUUACGUCGAUCUAGCCAGCAUACGAAAUCGGGCAGAAAAUUACGUCAUCACAAAGCUGACAGGUGCUGACUCUGUGUGGAUCGGUCUGCACUGGGAACGACUGUGGUCUGAUGGGAGCACCUAUCCGCUUCAGUACUGGGCCAGUGGGCAACCAGACAGCGCAGGGCAGUGUGUCACCACAGCAUUCAGAAACUCAGGACUGUGGUCAGAUGAUAACUGCUCCCUCACUUUCCCGUUCAUCUGUUACUCAACAACUCCUCCAAAAACAGAAGACUUCAGAUCAAUAGGACAAGAUGAGACCAGUAUCACUCUGCAGUGGAAUAAAGUGAACAACAACUUCAGCUUUAUUCUCCAGUUUAAUGAUGCAGAGAUCAACAUCACUGCACCAGAUGGAGAUGGACCAGUAACUCACACAGUCUCAUCUCUCACUGCUGCAACUGAAUACACAUUCACUCUCUUCUCUGUGUUUGAGAACGUCAGAAGCAGUGGAGUAAACAUUACUGCAGUUACCGCUCCUCCAAACGCAGAAAGCUUCAGAUCAAUAGGACAAGAUGAGACCAGUAUCACUCUGCAGUGGAAUAAAGUGAACAACAACAUCAGCUUUAUUCUCCUGUUUAAUGAUGCAGAGAUCAACAUCACUGCACCAGAUGGAGAUGGACCAGUAACUCACACAGUCUCAUCUCUCACUGCUGGAACUGAAUACACAUUCACUCUCUACUCUGUGUUUGAGAACGUCAGAAGCAGUGGAGUAAAAAUUACUGCAGUUACUGGAACUCGUCAGUACAACUUUGUGAGUACACCACUGAACUGGACCGAAGCUCAGAGCUUCUGCAGACAGGUCCACACUGACCUGGCCACCGUAGAAACCAUAACUGACACCUAUGCUAUACUCAGCACCACACCAAGCUACAGAGGAAAAGCUUGGAUAGGUCUCUAUGAUGACAACUGGAGAUGGUCCCUGAGUAACAGCAGCUUCUAUGGUGAAGGAGAGACAGGGUUUAGAAACUGGGCUCCUGGACGUCCCAUGAAUCCUAAUGGACAACAGAACUGCGUGAUACUUCAAAACUACAAGUAUUCUGACUAUAUAGAUUACUACAAUGGAAAGUGGUGGAAUGUUAAUUGCAACAUCCAGUUCUACUCUGUGUGCUACAACGGUUCAGUAAAUGGCACAUCAUCCUUUGUAAAAGUCGACACACCUUUUAAUUGGACUGAAGCUCAGAGAUACUGCAGGGAGAAUUACGUCGAUCUAGCCAGCAUACGAAAUCAGGCAGAAAACGACGUCAUCACAAAGCUGGCAGCUGGGGAUGAUAUGUGGAUCGGUCUGCACUUGGAACGACUGUGGUCUGAUGGGAGCACCGUGCUGUUUCAAUACUGGGACGGUGGGCAACCAGACAGCACAGGGCAGUGUGUCACCACAGCACUCAGUAACUCAGGACGGUGGUCAGAUGAUAACUGCUCCCUCACUUUCCCGUUCAUCUGUUACUCAACAAGUAAUGCAUCUUAUUUCUACUCACAUACUGUUUAG